GUUCGUACUCCGGGAGGCUUCUUUCAUGGGCUAGAUCGGGUGAGACCGCAGAGAGCAGUGUUUAGGUGGGCGCGCGAAACAAAAUACCCGACGGCGGACACGGCUCUGGUUACUCACCUAUUGCCUGUCUGGUUGUGAGUGAACAUCUGGAGGAAGACAGUUGUCAGCUGAGCUAUUGAUAAUGCAGUCGUGGGAGUUAAUGGCCUUCAAAGAUAUAGCCGUAGACUUCACCCAGGAAGAGUGGGCAUUGCUAGACUCGUCCCAGAGAAAGCUGUUCAGAGAAGUGAUGCUGGAGAAUAUCAACCAUCUGGUCUCAAUCGGAAUUCAGGUCUGCAAAUCGGAUGUGCUUUCCCAGUUGUCACAAGGAAAGGAAGUUUGGAGAGAAGGAAUAGGAUUUACCCAAAACCAGAGUCCAGGCAAGAAGAGUCCUCGUAAAAAGCAAGAAAUAGCAGUCUUGCACCUUACCUGCAGGAAAGCCAAUUCUAACAUGUCAUCGCAGAUAUCACACGCACAAAAGGAUUCCUUUCAAUGUAAUUAUUUGCUAGAAGAUUCCACUCUCAGAUCCACAGUCCCUAAACAUGCAUUAAUUCCCAUGGGAAAGAAACCAUUUUUAAGGAAACCACUUGGAAAAGUCGUUAGUGACCAUUCAUCUUUUUAUCAACAUAAGCAGAUUAACCGUACAAGUAAAUCAUAUAUACGCCAUCAAAGUGCUAAAGCCUUUAUUGAAAGCUCUGGGCACAGAAAAUUCAGUAGAACUCAAACUGGCGAUAAGCCACAUGAAUGUGUUCUAUGUAGGAAAACUUCUAACCUUAGACAACAUGAGAAAAUUCAAGGACGGAAGCUCAGUGAAUGUCCUCUAUGUGGAAGAGCCUUCAGUCAGUCUAACGUUCAAGAAUAUGAGAGAACUCAAACUGGAGAGAAAACCCACGAAUGUCGUCUAUGUGGGAAAGCCUUCAGUAAUCAUUCUAAUCUUAGACAACAUGAGAGAACACACACUGAAGAGAAACGCUAUGAAUGCCAUACAUGUGGGAAAGCCUUUCAUUAUAGGUCUGCCCUCAGAGCACAUGAGAGAACACACACUGGAGAGAAACCACAUGAAUGUCAUCUAUGUGGAAAAGCCUUCACACAACGUUCUUGUCUUAGACACCAUGAGAGAACACACAGUGGCGAGAAACCCUAUGCAUGUCAUACAUGUGGGAAAGUCUUCCGUCAUUGUUCUACCCUCAGACAACAUGAGAGAACACACACUGGAGAGAAACCCUAUAAGUGCAAUAUAUGUGGGAAAGUUUAUAUGUAUUCUCUUUCCCUCACGCUACAUGAGAGAAAUCAUACUGGAGAGAAACCCUAUGAAUGCCAUACAUGUGGGAAAGCCUUCCCUCAUACUUAUCUCCUUAGACUACAUGAAAAAAUUCACACUGGAGAGAAACCCUAUGAAUGCAAUACAUGUGGGAAACGCUUCAUUCGUUCUUAUUCCCUCACGCAGCAUAAGAGAACUCACACUGGAGAGAAGCCCUAUGAAUGCCGUACAUGUGGAAAAGCUUUCAAAUGUUCUUAUGCCCUCCGAGUACAUGAGAGAACUCACACUGGAGAGAAACCCUAUGAAUGCUAUACAUGUGGAAAAGCUUUUGCAUCCUCUUCUCCCCUCAGAGUACAUGAGAGAAAUCACACAGGAGAGAACCCCUAUAAAUGCCAUACAUGUGGAAAAGCCUUCAAAUGUUUUUCUGCCCUCAGACUACAUGAGAGAUCUCACACUGGAGAGAAACCCUAUGAAUGCCAUCUAUGUGGGAAAACCUUCAGGCAAUCUGGUACUCUUAGAGAACAUGAGAAAACACAGUGUGGUAAGAAACCCUAUGUUUGCCAUACCUGUGGUAAGGCCUUCCAAUAUACUUCUUCCUUCAGAAAACAUGAAAGAACUCAUAUUUAAGAGUGUCCCCAUGAAUGUGAUCUGUGGGAAAAACUUCCGGCAACCUUCUCGUCUUAGAGUACAUAAGAGAACACAGAGUGGCAAGAAAGCCUAUGCGUGCCAUAUAUGUUAAAAAGCCUUCAAUCAUUUUUCUCAACUUAGACAAGAUCAGAGAGUGCACACAGGACAGAAACCUUACAAAUGCCAUAUGUGUGGAAAGGCUUCAUUUAUUUUUCACACCACAUGGGAAAACUCGCCAUGUCAUGAGCCCCAUGUGGAAAAUCUUUUUCUUGUAGUUCUUCCCUCAGCAAAUAUGAAAGAAUGCACAGUGGGCAAAAGCCAUAAGAAUGGCAUCUUAAUUUUUCUCUUCUUACACAACAUGAAACUAAUCAAAUUUGAGAGAAACCUUGUGAAUGUCAUCAAUGUGGGAAAGCCUUCAAUGUUUUGACCUAGAUAAAAAGAGUUGUCACACUAAAUGUUUUUAAUAUGCAAGAGAUUUGAGUCAUGGCUUCAAACUUUAAACAUGAUAACUGACGUAUUGAAGAAACAGGAUGUUUAUAAUCAGUAUGCUGACACCUUUUGUCAUCAGUAGUAUUUCAAUUAAUAUAAGUAAAUUCAUACAGGAGAGACUCUGUAUGAAUUCCACCUAUGUAGGAAAACCCUUAGUGGGUAGUCUUAUAUUAUGUCAUAUGAGAGAACUCACAAUAUAAAUCUAAUAGAAGUUGAGAGUCCUAAUGGACUGUUCUUAUAUAUAAGCCAGAGAAAUUACAUGUGAAAGAUUCUGUUUGUACUGAGUGUUGGAGUUCCCUAAUUUGUAUUUCAUCCUUUCAAUAAAAUAAGUGUACACUAUUGGAAUGAAACACAGUCUGCAAUUACUGUGCACUAUCAUUCAGUGAAACACAAGCUUUGCAGUACAAAGAAAAAUACUCAGUUCAUAAAUAACAAUGAAAUUGAAAAGAGAGGGAAGAGUAUUAGGAGGGUGAAACCCCCUGGCUUAGAUCCAGAAAUUUCAUUAAAUGUAUUAAAUGUAAACUCAUGGAAGUCGCUGAUUAAGUAUUUAGGAAUGUUGUUAAUAUAAGCUGUGGCUUUGUCAGGGUUAGUGUUUGAUGAGAUUGGGCAAAUUAUUGGGUGUCUGGUGGCUGAAUAGAAAUGCUUUAUGUUUGGGCAUAGGUGAAUGUGAAGUCUGUGAUUUGGUAUUCUAGGGUAAAUGAAUAUGCUUCAAUGGUUGCUUCUACUGGGUGAGUGAUGAACAUUUCUUGAGUCAGUGAUUAUAUGAAGCAGAACAGAAAUGUUUGCAUUGUGUCAAAUCUUAGAGGAAAGAAUACUUCAUUUCAGUAUUAAUCAUUGGGUUAGAGGGUUCUGCACAAAGUAGUUCACUGAGUCAAGUGGAGUUCCAGAUAGUUCCCAUUUCCCCUCUCUGAGGGACUAUUAUUGGUUAUUAGAACCCACUGAAAUAAUCAUUUUAAUAAUCAAAGAUGUAAUAGGCAAAGAUUCUCUGCUUAUCUUAACACAUAUAGAUUAUAGGGAGUCCCUGUAAGCUGUAAGGACCAGAGACCCCUGGAAACUGGGAGUUGUUUGGUGAUGGAGAUGCCAAUUUAUGAAAGCAAUUUGGAUGGAAAGAGUCUAGGUUUCUUUUAAUUCCAUGAGGUACAAGAAAGACACUGCAAGCAGUGUGGCCCUGAGUCUUCUGGAAUUUGAUAGUGGUACGUGAGCUUGGAGUUGGCAAUGAUUGAAUAUCUUUUGGAUAUGAAGACUUUGCACAAAGUAAGGAGAACAGAAGGCCUAUGGGCCCUAAAUCUGUCUCCCCUAACUUCUGUAACUCACUAGGCUCCUCCCCCAAGUGGUGUGGAGUUUUAUAGUAUUUAAAGACAAAGGUUUAGGAUAAGGAGAAGAGUGUCUCAGUGUUACAAAGUUAGCAAAAGUCUGAAUAUUGGGCAUGCACAAACUGAUUACAUGACUAGUCUCAGGAUAUAUGUAAGGAAAUACUGGUCUUAAGCUGAAGAUGGGCAUGAUUUUUAAUAUAGUGAGGUAUAGGUCACCUAUAGGUUAAGGUAUAAGCUACAGUGCAUGUCAGAUGGGCCAAUUUGGUGAGAACUGGCUUUAUCUAGUAAGAUAGCUUAGGAAUUGGGGUAGGUUAGUUUUGGGCUAACUCAAGUUCUUUCAUUAAUAAGCGGGCUGUCUACGAGAUCACAAGACUUCGAAGUUGUAAAACAAGAAAAAGGGGUUCAGUUGGGGUCAGUCAGAAGUUAUGAGGCUGUAGAGUUAUAAUGUAACUACGUAGAUACACAAUAAAGCAUUAGCAUCAAAGAACAAGGCAUCUGGCCUUGAGUUUCAGCAGUUUCAGGUUUUACUUUUGUCUAUUCUAAAAAGUAUUAGAAAGUAAAGUAUUGGAAAGUAUUAGAAAUUAGAUGAGCAUUUGUUUCAUGUUUUUUCGUGAUUUGUAUUUCCUCUUGACAGAAAUGUCUUGUCAGAUCUUUUGCCCAUUGGGUUGUUUGUACUAUUGUCAUUUGAGUUGUAGGAUUUCUUUACUU